AUGUCCUCAGUCGUCUACCUCGUGCGCCAUGCCGAGUCAGAGCAUAACAUCUCGAAAGACUUCACACAACGAGAUCCGCCUCUCACUGCCACUGGUUUGACCCAGGCAUCGACUCUGAUUGAGACGUUCCCUGACACAGCUUCUAUCGCCGUCGUGCUCACCUCUCCACUUACACGCACGCUGCAAACUACCAUAACCGGCUUCCCUCAAGUCUUCCGCAAGGAUACGGCAGGCAGCGCCCGGGUUAUUAUCGACCCCGACCUCCAGGAGCGCAGCGAUCUUCCAUGUGAUACCGGGUCUGGGCGCCUUGAACUGAAUGAGGCCUUUCCGGGUCUCAGUUUUGAGGGCUUGGAGGAUGAAUGGUUCAUCAAGGACGGGUUGUACGCCGUGGAUGAUGUUGCGGUCGCGAAGCGAGCACAACGAUUCCGCAACAGAUUGCGAGACAUUAUUGCGUCACUUGAGGAUGGAGGAGAAGCUAACGAGGGUAGAAGGAGGGAUGUGGUUGUUGUUACUCAUGGCGUGUUUAUGAAGUUUCUAGCUGAAGACGAAGCUAUUGAUCUCCCCAAGGCGGGGUGGAAAGCUUUCAGGAUCGGCGAUAGGGGUGAUGGAGGGGCUAUACUCCUACCGUUCGAGUGA